UCCAUUGGUUAAGCUCAGCUCGCUGUUCACCUUGUUUGUGUUUUUGUUGUGAAUUCCAACCGGCGGACGCACUUCAUCUAUUUUUGUGGAAAUAUAUGAUUCAGAACCCGAAAUGAGCGACGAAGGUGAAAGUAAAUCGGAGCAGGAGGAGAAAGCUGAGGAACCCGAAGCGAUAGGAAAAGCUGAGGAAAAUAAGGAGAAAGUUGAAGAGAAGGAAGCAACACCAGCCAUCCCCGACAGCAAUUCAGUCCCAGAAGGUGUAGACAAACUGGAAAAUGAAACCAAAUCGAAAAACGAAGAACCCAAAAAAGAGGAAACACCAUCGCAGGACUUUGCCGCCUACGAGGAGCAUAUGUCCUAUGCAGCCGAUGGUGGAGCCAUCUAUACGGAUCCCAGUACCAAGCAGAAGUACAAAUGGUGCACCACCCAAAAUAAUUGGCAACCUCUAAGCGCUGAUGAAGCAGCCAGUGCUGGAGAUCUCUACGAGAAUGAGCACUACAAAUGGUGUCCCAAGACCCAACAGUGGUUGCCCAAAAAACAGGAAACAGAAACGGAGCACUACAAGUGGGAUGAUGAGCAGAAAAAGUGGAUACCCAAGGAACCGAAAUCUGGUCAAGAAGGUGUUUACGGAGUGGAUGAGCAGGGCGAACGUACUUAUACGGACAAGGAUGGAGCCGAGUUCUUUUGGGAUGCUGCCAAGAAUGCUUGGUUCCCCAAGAUCGAUGAUGACUUCAUGGCCCGCUAUCAAAUGAACUAUGGAUUCAUUGACAACACUUCGGCGGGGGAGAAGGAAAAGGCUGAAAAAGAGGCAGCUGAGGCCAAGAGAAAGGAGGAGGAACUCAAGCGGAUGACGGCUGAGGCGGAGGCAGCUAUGUCCAGGGAUCACACGGCAGCAACGACAGCAGCACCAACGGGAAAGCGGAAGGUCCAGGAGCCACCAAAAUGGUUUGAAAUGGAUCCCUCGCAGAAUACCAAGGUCUAUGUCUCCAAUCUACCCCUGGACAUUACCAUGGAUGAGUUUGCUGAUUUGAUGGGGAAGUGUGGCAUGGUCAUGAGAGAUCCCCAGACGCAGAAGUUCAAGCUGAAACUUUAUGCUGAAAAAGAUGGUCAGAUCAAAGGCGAUGGCCUCUGUGAUUAUAUCAAGGUGGAGAGUGUCAAUCUGGCGCUGAAAAUCUUGGAUGAGUAUAACCUGCGAGGCCACAAGAUUCGAGUUCAGAGAGCUCAGUUUCAAAUGCGAGGCGAAUAUAAUCCCGCCCUGAAGCCCAAGCGGAAGAAGAAGGACAAGGAGAAGUUGCAGAAGAUGAAGGAAAAAUUAUUCGACUGGCGUCCAGACAAAAUGCGUGGCGAGCGAUCAAAGAAUGAGAAAACAGUCAUUCUUAAGAACCUCUUUACCCCAGAGCUCUUUGAGAAGGAAGUGGAACUCAUCUUGGAGUACCAAAACAAUCUACGUGAGGAGUGCAGCAAAUGCGGGAUGGUCCGCAAAGUGGUCAUCUAUGAUCGCCAUCCUGAGGGCGUGGCUCAAAUCAACAUGUCCUCUCCGGAGGAAGCUGAUCAGGUUAUUCAAAUGAUGCAGGGACGUUAUUUUGGCCAGCGACAGCUAAGUGCCGAGACCUGGGAUGGCAAGACCAAAUACAAAAUUGAUGAAUCAGCUGUGGAGGCCCAAGAGCGACUGUCCAAAUGGGAUGAGUUCUUGGCAGAAGAGGAAGCUGAUAAGAAAGCAGAAGCAGAGAAGGAGGCGGAGGAGGACAACUCACCGGACAACAACCAGCUGUUGCCAGGAGAUGCCACACCUUAGUUUUAAAUUACCUGCGAUCAUUUUCCCGCGGUUCGAGGAUCUCCAGCGCCACCUCGUUGGCCCGCUCGUUCGGAUAGGUGGCGUUCCAGCGAUUGUAGA